AUGGCGAGGCUGGCGCCGACCUACAUGUCGGCAUGCAGUAUGUUUUUAUUUCCCAACCAGGUGUCUUUCCCCAGCAGGGCACCAUCCCAGACCUCUAAGCUCCUGCUGACUCUAAGCUGGUUACCCGUCAUGUGUGGUAGUGUAGGUGAAGAUAGGACAAGGAAGAGGGAGGAAAGAUCGCUCGCGAGAUUGGCGUGGGGUUUGCGUCUCUUACCUUGCCGGCGUUGCGGAAGAGGUUCUGCGCGUCCUCUCGCCGAUCUUGCGCACCACGUCGCCGCGCUUCAGCUCGCCCUCGCUCGGCGACCCCACCUGCGCCUGCGCAACACAGCCCAGCAUCACACGCGCUGGCGGGGGCGGGGGCGGGGGCAGGGGAGGCAGUGA